AUGAGCAGUCCAUCUACAGAAGAGAAAGAAACUGCAUUGCAUCCCCCCGGGGCCCCGUCAUCUACUCAGGAUGAUGGUAUAGGUUCCGCACAGACUGCAAACGAUGAAUACAUAUACAUCGCUGAUAGCUACAGCUUGGUACAGCGGACCAUCUUCAUCAUGACGGUGUGUGCGUCUAUGUUCACCAAUCAGUUGGGCUUGUGCAACAGCCUCACAACUCUCGAAAUCAUCGGAGAGUCCUUUGGCGUCACCGAUCCCGGCAAACUCUCAUGGACAAUAUCUGGCUACGGCUUGACUCUGGGUACAUUCGUCUUGGUCGGAGGGCGUCUGGGUGAUGAGUUUGGCAACAAGGCAAUCUUCAUCAUCGGCAUGGGCUGGCUUGCCUUGACGAGCAUGAUGGCAGGAGUCUCUGUCUACUCCAGCUACCCCGUUUACAUCCUUGCUCGCGUCCUACAAGGCCUUGGCCCUGCCUUGACUGUGCCUAAUGCACUCGCCAUCAUGGGAAAAUGUUUCUCUGAGCGUCCUCGAAACAUGGGGUUUGCAUGCUUUGCGGCAUCAGCCCCAGUUGGUGCAAUGGCAGGUCUCCUCUUUGGGCCCCUCUUCGCCAUGGCUUGGUGGCCAUGGAUCUACUGGAGCCAGGCUUUGGGGGUUACUUUUCUCUUCGUCCUCGCUAUCUUUGCAAUUCCAAACAUGCCUAUCGAGAAUGGGCAAGAGCAACGACGAACGAUCCGCGAAGUUUUGGACCGCCUUGACGUCCUGGGAGGCGCAAGCGGUGUGGCAGCUCUGAUUCUGUUCAACUUUGCAUGGAACCAGAGUCUAGUUACUACGUGGGACGAGCCCUACGUCUACGUUUGCCUGAUCCUCAGUUUCCUGUUCCUGGCGGUAUUCUUUUACAUUGAACUUCGCAUAGCUCGCUAUCCAAUUCUACCAGUCGCUGUCCUCACUUCGGAUAUCGCUUUUGUCUUUGGGUGCACCGCAGCGGGCUGGUCCACAUUCGGCAUCUGGCUUUUCUACGUCAUCCGAAUAUGCCUCAAUAUCGGUGGUCAAACUCCCAUUCAGCUGGCUGCUUGGCUUUCUCCUAUCCUUAUUACCGGUAUCGCGACAGCGUUGGUCGUGGGCAAAAUAAUCAACAAGGCUCCAGCCUCAUCCAUCAUGUUGUUUGCAAUGCUUUGCUACUUUCUCACUUCUCUUCUCAUGGCCUUGCGACCCGUACACUCGACAUACUGGACCUAUUUCUUUUUUGCCACUAUCAUUGCAACUUUUGCAAUGGAUUCAUCGUUGCCUGCUGCCACGAUCAUUUUCGCGAGCGCAGUGCCUCGACAGUACCAGGGUAUGGGAUCAAGUGUGAUCAUGACAAUUGUUGUCUACAGCAUAUCGUUGGGACUUGGUUUUGCUGGUACUAUUGAGCUUCAAAUUAAUAAUGGCGGACGCACCGAGGCAGACUUGCUCCAUGGUUAUCGGGGUACUCUUUGGUUCUCUGUCGGGUUGACAGCUCUCGGCACUAUUCUCGCUUUGGUGUUUCUACUCAAAGAUACUCGAAGACGACAGUUGGCCAAGAAGCUCGAGGAAGAGGAAACGGCUCAUCCAACGAAGGUUUGA